AUGGCCGGUGAUGAAGAUGUGAUUCCGACGGGUGUCGGGUUGAGUGGAGGAGUUCCUCCGGUGAGUAAUGUAUCUGGUGGUGGUGUUCCUCCGGCGAGUAGUGCAACUGGUGUUCAUGUUCUUCCGACAAGUGGUGUGUCGGGUGUUGGUGUAACGGGUACUAGUGGUGCUCGGUCUAAUGAAGUUGCGGUGGUGUCACCAUAUACGCUGUACUCUUCGGAUAAUCCUGGGAGCGAUGAUAACUCAUGUGUUGUUAAACGGAGAAAAUUUACAAUGAAUGGUCCUUGGAGCUCAUUAAUGUGCUUCAAGCUAAGCGGAAAACGGGUUUUGUCAAUGGGUGCGAUCUACGGUGACGUAUAUCUCGGAUGCUUUCCAGCUCUGGGAAAACUUGAAGCAACGUUUCUCGGUGGGAAACAAGGUGCGGGUCAAAUCAAGGUGCAACUCGUUUCAUGCAGACAAGACGGCCAAUCGGUGUUAGAUUACUAUGGUCGACUUUCUAAGUUAUGGGAGGAGCUGCAGAUGUAUCAGCUGAUCCAUGGAUGUGUGUGUGGAGCAGAGGCGAAAAUGGCAAACGAGAAGGAGGAGGAAAAGAUACAUCAAUUUCUUAUGGGCCUUGAUGAUUCACGUUUUGGUAAUAUUUGUACAAAUAUUAUCGGGACAGAUCCUCUUCCUGCUCUUGGUGAAAUUUAUAACAAGAUUGUUCGUGAGGAACAACGUCUUGCCUCUGCCAAAUAUCGUGAUCAGCAGCAGGACGCAGUUGGAUUUGUUGCUCGCCAAUCAGGAUCUCCAAAUCCGUCCGUAAGAUCACAGACUCAACAACAACCUGAGAACUCGAUUUUGCGGAACCGGAACGCUAUUUGCUUGCAUUGUGGAAGAACAGGUCACUGCUCGCAUUGUGGAAGAACAGGUCACGAGAAGCGUGACUGUUGGCAGAUAGUGGGCUUUCCUGACUGGUGGAAUGAACGUAAUGGUGGUCGUGGUCAGAAUAGUGGCCGUGGCAGAGGAGGAGGUCGAGGUGCUGGAGCAGGUCGUGGUCGAGGUCAAGUGACAACCGCUCAUGCAACAUCAUCGAAUUCCUCAACUUUUCCUGAUUUCAGUGCUGAUCAAUGGAAGAUUCUAACCCAUAUGAUCCAAGAGUAG